AUGCAAGGUCUGACACGGCCAAUGUUUCACGGGCCGAGAGAUUCUCAUCUUGGCUGCUUUAUGGGCCGCUCCAUCACGCUCGCACCGGGCCGCGUCCCUCCGUCCCUUCCUGGCCCUCGUCCCUGGCCCGCGUCCCUCCGUCCCUUCCUGGCCCUCGUCCCUGGCCCGCGUCCCUCCGUCCCUUCCUGGCCCUCGUCCCUGGCCCGCGUCCCUCCGCCCCUUCCUGGCCCGCGUCCCUGGCCCGCGUCCCUCCGUCCCUUCCUGGCCCUCGUCCCUGGCCCGCGUCCCUCCGUCCCUUCCUGGCCCUCGUCCCUGGCCCGCGUCCCUCCGUCCCUUCCUGGCCCGCGUCCCUGGCCCGCGUCCCUCCGUCCCUUCCUGGCCCGCGUCCCUGGCCCGCGUCCCUCCGCCCCUUCCUGGCCCUCGUCCCUGGCCCGCGUCCCUCCGUCCCUUCCUGGCCCUCGUCCCUGGCCCGAGUCCCUCCGUCCCUUCAUGGCCCCUUCGUCCCUGGCCCGCGUCCCUCCGUCCCUUUCCUGGCCCUCGUCCCUGGCCCGCGUCCCUCAGACCCUUCCUGGCCCUCGUCCCUGCCCUGCGCCCUCCGUCCCUGGCCCGGCGUCCCUCGUCCCUUACUGGCCCGCGUCCCCCUCCGUCCCUCCGUCCCCUUCCUGGCCCCCGCGUCCCUGGCCCCGCGUCCCUCCGUCCCUUUCUGGCCCUCGUCCCUGUGGCCUGGGCCAUCGUCCUGGCCCGCGUCCUCUGUCCCUUCUGGCCCACCGGUCCCUGGCCUGGCCCGCGUCCCUGGCCCGCGUCCCCUCAGUCCCUUCUUGGGCCCGCGUCCCUCUGUCCUCAUGGUCAGUCGUCCCUCGUCCCUGCCUGGCCCCGUCCCUCCGUCCCUUCGGCCCUCGUCCCUCUUGGCCCGCGUCCCUCUGUCCCUUCCUGGCCAGCGUCCCCUGGCCUCGGCCCUCGUCCCUGGCCCACGUCCCUCCGUCCCUUCCUGGCCCGCGGUCCCUGGCCCGCGUCCCCUCCCCUCGUGCUCUGGCGUCUCCAUCUCUCAAGAAAAUAUCUUUGGCUCCUCAAGAAACUUCCAAGAGAUCGCCAAUCUGCCAUUUACGCCUCGUCCGGGUGCGUGAUCGGAGCCAAUUCUUCAUCUUCGUGAAAACUCGCACGUUCGGACAAGUGGAAGCCCGUUCGCCCUCUUAA